UUCACAGACAAUAAAUAUAAUUAGAAGCCUUAAAGCCAUAAUUUGUAAUACGCUCUUAGUUAGCAAGAGGAAACAACCGAACUACUUUUCUCCCAACAACAUUUACCUGAUGACGAGGAGUACCUGAAUCUCCACCAGUUCCAGCGCGCUCUCUCCUCUCCACUCUCUAGCCUUCUCCCAGUUCGUCUGUCGCCACUGGCCAUCAUGGACAUCGCUCGGCUCCUGCGGGCAUGGGUCGUCCCGGGCAUCAUGUUCACCAUCCUCUACUCCAUCUCCGUCUUCUACGGUGUUCUGUUUCUGCUACGCUUCCUCUACCGAUGGGUGCGCAAUCCUUCGGAGCGCUUCUGGCGAGUAAGCAAAAGGGAGGUUCCUCCAGCCUGCCUCAAUGAUCCUUCUCUAGGCAAUCACGCUUACGUACAACUGAAGCAUGUUAAGCUACAUUAUGUUGAAAAUGGAGACAAAUCCAAGCCCUUGAUGUUGUUCUUGCACGGGUUUCCUGAGUUCUGGUAUUCCUGGAGGCACCAGCUGAAGGAGUUCUCUAAGGACUAUUGGGUGGUGGCGGUAGAUAUGAGAGGCUAUGGAGACUCUGAGAAACCGGAAGGCAUCAGAUUCUAUCGGCUCAAGUAUCUGGUGGAAGAUGUCAAAAACCUCAUCGAGGCUCUGGGUCGAGAACAGUGUACACUGGUCGCACACGAUUGGGGUGGUAUGGUGGCCUGGUAUUUCCUCAUGAUCUACCCCAAGUGGGUCGACACUUACAUCAUCAUGAAUGCUCCUCACCCUGUCGUCUUCAGGAAAAUGAUGAUUAAAAGUUUCAGUCAGUUCAGAAAAUCAUGGUACAUAUUUUUCUUCCAGCUACCAUACCUACCAGAGAUGUACAUGAGAAUCAAAGACAUGUCUAAGAUCAAUAAGCUCUUUACGUCCAAAAAGUCUCCGUCACCGUACACUGCCGAAGAUAUCGAAGCCUACAAGUUCACGUUUGGAAAACCAGGUGCACUGACUCCACCUAUAAACUACUACAGAGCGACAAUCACCCCUGAUCGGGAACUUUUGAGGAGACGAGCGGAGAACUUCAAGAUGCCCAGAGGUCUGUUUGUGUUUGGGGAGGACGACUCGGCGAUUAACAUCGAGGUCGUGGAGAAGACUCGCAGGAUGGUGCACAACUUGACGACUGAAGUGAUAAAAGGGGCGAGUCACUUCGUGCAGCAGGACGAUCCCGAGGCGGUCAACAAGGUGAUGAGAGAGUUCCUCAAGAGUGGGUAUGAGGAAGAAGUGAAAAGUGAUUAGUGAUCCUGCCGCUACGGCCUCUGCAGCGCCUCAGUCGCGAGGAGUAUAUCGGGCGUUCUUCUCGGGCUGCGGACGGGCUCUGUGUUUUCACUGUGAGAGAAGGAGGCAUUCUUGUGACUAAACAAGAUUUGAACUACGUUAGAUCUGAAAUGAAACGAAGUUUACGCCCAUAUGUAUUUCCAAUUUUACGCCCACAGUAUUUUAAUAUAAAUUGUAAGACAUUAAUUUUGAAGUAGUUGUAUUUAGUAUUAGCAAAUAUGGAUUACGGAUAGGCCAGGUGUAAAUACACACACACACGAGCGCGCGUGACCCCCAAACACAUAAGUGCAGUGGACUAGAAACAGCAGCAUUUCCACCUAGUGCACUUCCCCAGUCAAACCCAGAGUUUGAUAUUUGAUAUGAUAUCCAGAAGUGUUUAGUACAUAUAGAUAUUACAAAUUAUAACGAGAAAUAAAACCAAUGACUCUGCCACUGAAUGACUCUGGAUGGAAACAGUAAGUCAGGCUGGCCCCAACCUUCACGCUCGUGAGUAUGGAGGGUGCGAGGCUACUACCUGGCCCUUCAGCCGCAAACACUAUCUGCUAAUAUGUUUGUAAGCCUUGCAGUAUAAUCCAUACUGGACCACUAUUUUACAGUCCAAGAGUUCUACGACUUAAAUAGCUGCAUUUACUUUUAUUUAUAGUAAAUAUGAAACAAAUGCUUCGUAUUAUAAAUGCGUAGUAUAUAAAUAUAAAAUAAUAUAAAUAAAGUAAGUAUUUAUAGUAAAUUCCUCUGUAUUAUUCUUACUUUUUGUAAGCCCUGGUUUUGAAGUGCUUUCAUCCAGUAUUUCCUAAACACCCUGUUGAUUUGUAGUAUUAGAAUUUAACGUAACACUUACAGUUAUAGAUUGUAUAUUUGAGGGGUACAGUGUAGAGAAUUAUUAUAAAGAAAGAAAUAUAUUUAGCCUAAAUUUUAUACAUCAAAGUUCAAAGUUCUAGAUGGGAAUUUAAAAAAAGUAGUGCGUAAAGACUAAUGAUAACUGCACACAGUUAUGCAAUAUUAAUUUACAUUAAUAUAACAGUUGUACAGUCAAAACCAUUACAUUCAUUUUAUUUAUAUGUUACAUGUUAUUCAUUUUAUCGACAACAAACAUUCUUAUUAUGUUAUCAGAGGAUAUGUUAUCAGAGUUUUAAGAUUCAUAAUGUUCAUCUGAACUUGGUAUGAAAUAUUUAUUAAACAAAAACUUGUAGCUUUAUUACCUA